AUGACUUCAAGAUACCGCUAUACGCCGCGCCCGCCCCACGUCGCUCCCUCCGACGUCUCCGAGGAAUAUUCUUCCGACUACUCCUCAGACGCAGGGGAACAUCAACCCGGCGCCGAGCCCAACAACCGGCGUCUCCGCCAAGCGAUUCAUUACCUCGAGGUUGACGGCGGCAUCGACUCUGACCAGCUCUACAAAGAACGGUUGUACAAGAUCGACAGCGAGAUUCUCGAGAAGUUCCUAGACGAGGGUUACGCCUUUGACGAGGGCUUGUACGCUCGGCUGGAGGAGCUGAUGGAGCAGAAGCUGAACGCAAUCGAGGAGGCGGAGGCUGUGGCAAGGGAAGAGGACGAAUAUGAGCAAGAACAAGAGAUGGAGGAGGUGCGUUCACCGCGAGCGCUGCAUAGAGGUCUUGAGAGAAGCACCAGUUUCACGGAAGCCGGGCCCUCGAAGCUUCCAGCACUGCGAAUCUCUGGCGCCCAGAGCAUUUCCAAGGGAAAAGGGAAGGAGAAGGCCGAUGUUGGUCAGGAGAGGUCGACGCCCCGGUCAGCAGGUUCUACUGCCAGCCAAGUCGCAUGUGAAGGGCCAGGCAAGGGGAAAGGGAAGGCUGUCACACAAUCACCACGCACGCCAUCUACCCCCAGAGCGACCGGGCUACGCCCAGAAGUCUCUCGCCAGACCAAAUCAAUACCUACCACCGCAAAAACCGCAGCCGCCGGCACAAAGAAAGCCGCCAACAGAGCCGGCACCGGCGACGCGCCCGUCCGAGAAAUCCAAUGGCGCUACGGCGGGCCCCGCAACGACCCGGAGAUCUACCACCGCAACGCCCCGGACUCGCUGCCGUUUGGCGAAACGCUCGCUUUCCAGGAAUACGAGUCGCUGAUGAUCGACUACGAUCUCGCGCAGGGCCCGAUGCGCGAGGGUCCCGUCGAGACGCAUGUGGACUUCGACGUGGUGAGGCAGAGUAUGGGGAGCAAGGCCACUCCGUAUGAUAGCGGGUCGAGAUUCAAACUGAUUGACGACGACGAAGCUGUGCGCGCUGUGAGGAGCGGUUUGGAUAUUGAGGACGGACAGCGUGUUGGGCACGCAGGAGGAGGAAAGGGGAACUUGCUAGAGCAGGUGGUUGGCGAGUUCAACAGCGGGGAUAUGGAGCAUCAGGAGGAAAAGGAUUAUGUCCCGCGCGUGUUCCUGGAGGAGGUGCGGUUUCCGAGGGAGAUUGCGCCGAGGAGGACGUUUUCGCGGAGGGGAAGUACGGGGGGUCAGAGGACUGGGGCUGGUGGUGCGUCGGGUUCAUCGACGACUAGACUCCACCGUCCCAUCACCACAACCGCAGCUUCGGGGUCUGGCACUGGCACCAGACCCAGAGGAGCCAGAGCCACUCAGGCUGCAGGCGCAGGCGCAGGUCCAUCCUCCCGCGGUAAAGUCGCAGCAGCCGCGCAGUCCACUACCAAGCCGGCCCGACGACAUGCGGUACCCAUAUCCUCGUCCAGUCCCCGCACAAGCAGCAGCAACGUCGGCGUCUCGAUCCCCGUGACUCCACCACCCCCGCGACGCGCUGGUGCUGGUGCGGCAGGAUCGAAGAGGAAAGCCGAUGACGCUGUUUCCACCUCUGCUCCUGCUUCCGCUUCCGCGUCUGCGUCUGUCUCACGAUCAGCAACGUCGGAUCGUCGUCCGGCGAAGAAGGUCGCUUUCGCGCGCAGCAGGCUGGAGGAGGAAGAGGAAGAGGCAGAGAGAGGGGAUGGUUCGCCGCAGGAGACUCGUCCCGCCAAGAAGCAGAAGCAGGGGAGGACGACGACGACGAAGACGAAGACGAGUCCGCAUCUGUCGAGGCAGAGCGAGGCGGGGCAGAGAGGCAGGACGAGGAGCGGGUUGAGGUUUAAGCGCUGA